AUGUCCACCCAAAACACCCCCACCAAUAGCGAGAUCGCUGAUCGAGGUGAGGCGCCGCCACAGUCUCCUCCCGAUAUCCCUCGCUCAAUCGCGGCCCUUUCAGACGCAGCUCUGGUAGCUCUCGUGAAUGCGGUGGAGGCCACCGCAAAGGAGGUCAUUCAAAUGAAGAUCGCCCUCCAGCAGGACGUACGCAUGCUUGACAUCCGGAUUCAGACGUUUGAGGCGCACCAAGAGGAGGUGAAUCGGCAAGUCCGCAGCAUGAUUGUGGAGUUUGCAGCUCGUGCAAAUCAAGUUAUGCAGCUCGGUAGCACGGAGGAGGUUUGA